AUCUGUUCGUGAUAAAUUAAAUCAUUGAACAUAAUUUAAUUCGAAAAGAAUGUUGUUCUGUUGAGUGUUUUGUUUUAAGAUAAACGAAGAAGUAAUUUUUGUUGAAAGUAACAAAAGUGACGUAAAGUUGUAAUGAUUGAAAGCAGGUUCGCGAAGCAACUGCCGAUCUUUAGAAAUGACUUGCAAUGGGGGGUCGUCUUUGGAUGGUGAACGUAAAACAAAUAUCUUUAUGGAUAUUAAACCAAUUAUUACAUAUGCAGGCGAUGAUAAAUUAUUUUCUACUUUGGAAGGCAGUUUGCUUCAAGCCAUACCUGCAGAUAUGGUGGAAUGGCGUAGGUCAUUUAGUAGACCAGUUAAACAAGUCAAAUUGGGGGCAACUUUCGUGCCAUUUUCCAAAGAUAUUCUUCCGACUGAAAAGAGUGUACAUCUAAUAAAACAACCAAUAUUUCAUAUAUAUUGGACUGAAUGUUCUGAUGUAGAUACUUAUAAAACAAGUGUCAGAGAAGAUAUAGACAACUGGCUGAAAACCUUAUUACAAUAUCAUAUUCAGGAUUGGAUGAUUGUUUUAGUAGAAACAUAUGACAUAAAGAAAACUAAUAAAUUAUUACCUAGAACAACAGUUUUGGAUAAAAUUCGCAGUGAUUUUGCUUCUAAGAAUGGCGAUAGAUGUUUUGCGGUGAUAAAUCCUAUAAAAUCAGAAAUGCGUUCAGCUGAGUCAUGGCGGGGUUUAGUGAAUCGUUUACGCUAUUUAAUGUUAGUAGCAUAUGAUAAAACAUUGUCUCGUUUUGAAGAUGUUGUUAGAGAACAAAGGGAAAGUAGGAAUCAUCCAAAUUGGAAUUUCUGUCACUAUUUUUUACUGCAGGAGGAACUUGCAUUUGUUUUACAAAUGUUAGGAUUAUAUGAUGAAGCCUUAGUGCAAUAUGAUGAGUUAGAUGCUCUCUUCACACAGUUUGUGCUUAAUUCCAAUGUAGGAGAUAUUCCGGUAUGGUUAAAUUUAUUUCAAGCUCCAUUAAAUAAUUGGGAAGGUGUCAAUUUAAGCAAUGGUACAAAUCAUCAUCUAAGAUUUCUUUUGGCGGAAUGUAAGGCAUCAUUAUUAGAUCUUAGAAGUUAUUUAUUUAGUAGACAAUGUGCCAUGUUACUAGCUCUAAACAAACCAUGGGAGGUUGCACAAAGGUGCUUAUCAUUUGUUCAUAAUACAAUAAGUGAAUUACGUAUCUUAGAAAUUCAAAGACCUGAAGGAUCCAUUGAGUGUUGGUCUUUCCUUUGUGCACUAGAGGUAUUACAAGCUUGUCAAUUAUCAUCAUACAAUAUUGAUAAUAAUCAGCAGCUAGACCUUUGCUCCUUGCAUACAGCUAGUCUAUGGGCUCUUGCUAGAGACAAACUAGGAAAUUUAGGAAGAUUAUGUGGCUUAAUGCCUGGAAGUGAACCUACUAGUGAACAAUUACAUACAGUUGUUUAUCUUAUAGCUGGUAUGGGGGAUUCUGAAUCACAGAUAGAGGGAAAAUUAACUCCUACUGAUAAGUUAAAAGAAGCACUUUCAUCGAAAGAAGCGUUUAAAAAACAAUAUCUCGAACAUGCAGAAUUAGCUAUGGGUACUUACAAGCAUGUAGGCCGAAUUCGAUCAGCCAGAUUAAUAGGAAAAGAACUAGCGCAAUUUUAUAGUGAACUGGGAGAGAAUCAGAAAGCUGUUGCAUUUUUAUCUGAUGCUUUGAAAACUUAUACAGAUGAAGGAUGGAAUCAUUUAGCAGCACAAACUCAAUUGGAAUUAGCUCAGUGUUAUAAAAGAAUGGAUGAUGUAGAAAAAUAUACAAAAGUUUGUGCCGCUAUUGCUAGUUUGGAUGUGUUACAUAUUACUGUUCGUAAUACAUAUUUUGAAGAAAUGUUUGGAUACAUGAAAAUGAUCUCAUUACCCCAACCAUUGCUCGUAGAACUUAGAUGUGCUUUUAUAAUACUCAGUAUGGAAGUUAAAGUAAUGGAUAAAGUAGUGCAGGAUUGCGUGGUUCAUAUUGAGAUCAAUGUACAAAGUUUAUUUCCUAGAGAAGUAAAAUGUACUAAAGCGUCUAUAUCUGUUGAAGAAAUUCAAAAGCCUCAGUUAUCUAACAAAAAAAAAGGUUCAAAAGUACCAGUUGAACCUUCAAUAUCACUAUUAUCAAAAUGUACUCUAGAAGAUAUGAAACCAUUUGAUCCUAGUUUGCUUCAGUUACAAGUAUAUUCAUAUUUAGAUUAUAAAGAAGAUAAGAGUCUUGGAUCUGCCAGUGUUGUACACAGAAAUACUAAACCUGCUGUUAAACGUUCUGACAGCACAAAACAUAGAAAACCAUCUGUAAAUGCUAAAGGUGAUUUUAGUAAAGCCUUACACUGUGAUGAAUUUAUAAUGAAACCAGGUAUGAAUACCUUCACAUUAGUGAGACAUGUUGAUCAGCCCGGGUUUUACAAAGUUGGUCAGCUAUCCUUAGUUAUUGAAGAAAAACUAGAAUUUCUAUCGCCUAUUUUAAAUCCUCGACUAUGCUACGAGGUAGCUAAGACUCAACCAACGGUAUCUUUAAAAUGUGGUAGAGAUUUACUGGCUGGCCUUAUUCAAGAAAUAGAGUUAGUUAUUAUGAGUGGAAGUAUAAAAAUAACGAAAGAAAUGAAACUUAAAUUACGUACAUCUAGAGGGUUAACAAUACAGGUUGAUAAUUCAGAAGAAACAAUGUCUAAAGAAUUAGAAGUACCACUGCCAGUUUGUGAACCAUUUCAAACAAUACGGCUAAAGUUUAAAGCUUUAGCUGAAUUACCACCAAAGAAAGAUACUUUAUCAAUGGAGCAUAAGCUAAAUAUACAGUGUCCCUGGGGUUCAGAAGAAAGUAUACCUUUGCAUUUUGGCCCACCGCUUAUGUCAAAUAUGAAACUUCAUACAGCAAAACAAAGAAAAUUUCUUCAAAUAAUUGUAACAGGAUUAACAAAUCAACUUCUACAACUUAUUGAACCUGAAUUAACAACAAUAACAUCGAUAGAUGUUAACUUUAAAAGUUUAAAUCCAAUUGCGGGUCAGAGACUAGUAAUAGGUAAUGGAAUAAACGUAUCAUUUAUGUGGGAACUUGAAAUUGGUAAAGAUGAAAAGUCUUUAAUACCAAUAAAGACUGAUUUUCGUGUAAAAUAUAUACCAGUCAAUGAUACUGAAGAAUUGAACGAUCUGCACACUAAAGAUGAUCCUUUGCAAUUACAUCAUUUACAAAGAAUGGAAAAAGCAUCCAGUCUGUAUAGAUGCAACUUCGAUAUUACAGAUUAUGUGACCUUGUUUACAGUAUCAUCAAAAGUUGAAGCAGCUGGAAAUGGGGGUGAAUUUUGUCGUGCUGGUAGCAUGUGCCAUCUAUAUCUCACAGUAACACGUAUGUUACCCACUCCUAAUCCAAAUCCUACACCUCAAUUAAUGUACGAGGUUCUGGCUGAUCAAACUAUGUGGGCUGUAUGUGGUCGUACUGCUGGCAUUGUGUCUUUAGAAGUUUUAGAAAAACAAAGUGUCACAUUGGACGUGAUGCCAUUAACCAGUGGUUACUUACCUUUGCCUGUUGUUAGAUUGUCUCGAUAUAUUCCAGCUCCUGAAACAAAAAAUGAUAUGAUACGUAAAAACGAAAUAAGUUCUAGUUCAAGACUAGAACCGUUCAGUCCUGGCCAAGUUUAUAAUGCUAGUAAAGCACAGCAAGUUCAUGUUCUACCAGCAGCACCUUCAGAAGCAAAUUGAACAUAAAGUCAUUGAUAUUAAAACCACAUGAUAUGUCUGUGGCAUUAUAAAAUGCAAACUGCAUAUACCUUAAUCAAGAUCAUUUUUUAUAUUGUUUGAUAUACUUCUAUGACAUUGAAUAAUAUUAUCAUUUAUUAAUAGUUUCUCAAUCAUUGCUAUAUUAAUUCGUUUAUUUUUUCAUAGUUUUAAUUGAAGUUUGAAUUUUGGACAAGUAAAAUUUAUAUGUACAUUGUUUAAUGUUAUAUGUUUAUAUAUUAGUUCAAAAAUCAAAUUUCAAAUUUUGUCAUUAUUUACUUCUAUAGAUAGCAGUAUGUAAUUGUUAAUUUAAGUUCUGCCAUUAGAGGUGAAGUAAAAAUGUGACAAUAUGAGGUGUAAGUAAAAUUGUAAGGUUUCAUACUUGAAAAAUAUUACUAUAACAUAAUGUUUUCACUUGUGCAGUAACGUGAUUUAUAUUUUCAUGUAAUUAUUAUAUAAUAUUCACGUUGUACAGCCUGCAUAUAAAAUCUGACCAACGUACAUUUUUUUCGGUUUACUUUCAAAAUAAGUUGUAAAAAUGAUUUCAUUUUGUUUGAAAUUAUGUACUUAUAAUUUCUACGUUAUGUACAUACGUAUAAUAAUAUAUAUGAUAUCAAUUGUUUCCUAUUUUCCAAAUAUUUAAUUCUUGUAUAAUCCACGAUAUGUUAAGUUUACGAUGAACUGUUCGUGAUAGUUUCAAUUAAUUUUAACAGAUUGUGUCAUUUUAAUGCUACAGUGAUCGAAUGUUCAAUUCCGCUUGUUAGAUACAAUGCUGUAAAAUUUGUACAAAUAUUUAUUAAGAAUAUACUCAUAACAUCGAAUAAGAAUUAAAACUUGUAUAGUAUGUAUGUAAACAUUGCAAAAAAUGGUAACUAACAUCUAUCACAAGGAUAAAAUUGUAUCCUGUAUUAAAUAUUUAUCAGAAAAUGUAAGUAAUAUACGUUUAAAAAGAACAAGAUAAAUAUUAUUUACGUUACUUUUAUUUCGUAGUUUUUAUUAUUCAAAGUAUAAAUACUGCAAAAAGUAUGUUUAUAUUGCCAUGUUAAUUAGUAAACUAAUUUGUAUGUUUUAAGAUAAAUACUAUAAUACUCAAUGCUUGAUAUUUCUGUAUUAAGAAAAUAACAUUCGUGUAAUAUGAAAUAUUUACAAUAGCGAAAUAGUUUUCUCCAUAUA